CCAUAGACUAUGAUUGUGGCACAGGAACUGGGUUGCUCUCUCUUUUUCCUCCUGGGAUCGUUUACUAAACGCUGACCGCAGUCCACGCUCAUUGUCCAGCGCUACACUUGAGAGAACUGGUCCUGCAAGUUGUUUCUGAGCUGGAGUCACAGAGCUUCACAUCACCGACCUGCUGCACGGACAUUGCGGAUCUCUCCUCCUGACUGAUUCUCGCCCAAUAAGUAAACGUCUCUUGGGGAACAGCCAUGCGGUCGGUCACUGCGUUUCUGAUCUUCCUGUGCUGUGUGGGAUUUAUUGGAUGUAAACCCUCAUCGCCCUGUCCGCGGGGACAGUUUCUACUGAAGAGCCAGUGCGUCCUCUGCCAUCCCACCUGCUCCGAGUGCGACGGCCACGAGCUGUUUGAAUGCACUACCUGUGGAGUUGAUGAAGAUGGACAGGAACGUUUCCUCCACCAAGGUCGCUGUAGGACGCACUGCCCCCGGGGACUCUACCCUGACAGGGGUCACUAUGCUUGCCUGCCCUGCAUAGCCAAUUGUGAACUCUGUGCGGAUGGCAACAUAUGUGCCAAAUGUCGGGAACACUACAAACUCCAGAAUGGGGUCUGCCAAACGGCGUCCUGCAACACAGGCCAGGUGCAGGACUCUGAUACAGGAGAGUGCAUCGACUGUGAGAUGGGAUGCAAAACAUGUUCCACCGAGGACCCUGGGAUCUGUAGCAGCUGUGUUGAAGGUUACUUCCUCUUUAGACACCACUGUCGCAGACAUUGCCCCCAGAGCACCUAUGAGGACUGGGGCAGGGGUGUGUGUUUGUCCUGUCCCGCACCAUGCUCAGACUGCAGGAGUAACACACGCUGCCUAGCCUGCCAGCCCGGCUACUUCCUCAAUGGAGGAGAUUGUAUUAAACAGUGCCCAUCUCAAACCUUCAGUGACUCCACUGGGUGGCUCUGCCAGGCCUGCCACGGCUCCUGCCAGACGUGCCACGGGCCGCGGUCCUCCGACUGUAACCUGUGUCUGGGGGGGAACCCUCCUCUACAUGGGCAGUGCCCUCUAAUUAACUGCCCAUUGGGACAAUUCUAUGAUGGUAAGAGGAACAACCAUAAUAAGGCCCUAUUUCAAGAUGUCAAAAAGC